UUUGUUUGAGUAAAGCUACAGAGAAGCCACUGUAGCAGUGCACACAAUGCACUCACUACGUGGCUUCUCUUGGUUUUUAAUUUUUUUAUUUUUUUUUCAUUUUGACCAAAACGGUGCGUUUAGAAGUUAUUUGAAAUACAGUUUGAUCGAUUUCAUCCCCAUUUGAAAUGAACCCGCGAAGCACCCUCUCCCGAGACAGCAACCCGCGUAGUGGUUGAUCUACCCAGCUCCUCCCGGCGACGGCGUCUCUGUCUCCUCCCGGCGACGGCGUCUGUGUCAUCAGCCACUUUCUCGUGCGUCAGUCCGUCGUCUUCCCAGUGACGCCGCUCCCCACGAGUUCGACAUCCCCUGAAACGAGGUCAACAUCCCCUGAAACUCUGUUGUUCCUCAGCACGAACCCGCAUCUGCCCUUCCUCUUCCAAGCGCCACCUCGCGACGGUGAGGCUUUGUUCAGCGCCACAUUGCGAGUCUCCUACAGCAGUGCUUCCACUCCCCUUGAAACGAUUGUGAACGGAGCAAAGAAAAAACAGUUCGUAAAGCUCUGUUUUUUCGGGUAAAUGCACUGAGAAGCUUAGAUUUAAAUCAUGGCCAACCCAUUUGAUGAAGACUUUAACCCAUUUGAUCAUCCAUUUGAGAUGCCACCUUAUAUGCCAUACACUCCACCGAAUUAUCCAGAAGACCUGACACGAGAAGCGCCCCCUGAGUCAACUGCUGCUGAAUUUGAAAAAAAUGUUGGGUGUUCAUCACGAAUUAUUGAUGAGGAUGUUCAUAACGCCGAUGAAAUGGUAUUCGACAUAAAUGAAGAUUUAGAGGGUACCACUAAUGUCCAAGAAGAUGAGGUACGAGUUGAUGCACCCAGAUCCGGUAUGGAAUUUGCAAGUGUGAAAGACCUGACAGCCUAUUAUAAGCAUUAUGCGAAACAACAGGGUUUUGGUGUACGGAUACAGAGGACUAGGAGAGAUGAUGAUGGGAGGCCAGUUUAUGUGACAGUUGGUUGUGCCCGUGGCGGAAAGUACGAACCUAAGAACAGUGAUAUGUCGAAGCCACGACCAACAACUAGGACGGAUUGUAAGGCCAGAGUAAAUGCGACAUUGAGUAAGACUGACAAGUGGGUUUUCACUACUGUAGAAAAUAUACACAACCAUGUAACUGUAAGCCCCAAGAAGACUAGGCUAUUGCGAUCUCACAAGGUUCUAGAUGAAUACAGCCAAAGGGUCCUUAACUUGAAUGAUCGAGCGGGUAUACGGAUGAAUAAGAACUUUUUGUCUCUUGUUGUUGAUGCUGGAGGUUAUGAGAAUCUUCAGUUUCAGGAGAAAGAUUGUCGGAAUUAUAUUGAUAAGGCCAGACAUUUACGGUUGGGUAAAGGAGGUGGAGAUGCACUUAAUCAGUAUUUCAAAAGAAUGAGAGACAAGAAUGAUGGGUUCGUUUCUGUCAUGGACGUGGAUGAUGAGGGGAGGUUACGGAAUGUCUUUUGGGCUGAUGCUCGUAGUCGAGCGGCCUAUGAGUAUUUUGGCGAUGUAGUAACCUUCGAUACUACGUACCUAACAAAUAGGUACGGGAUGCCUUUUGCUCCAUUCGUUGGUAUUAACCAUCAUGGGCAGUCCAUAUUACUAGGGGCAGGAUUGCUUUCGAGUGAGGACACAACCACUUUUGUGUGGUUAUUUCAAAUGUGGUUGGAUUGCAUGAAUGGUCGGGCCCCCUGUUCCAUCAUAACCGACCAAGAUCGGGCCAUGAAGAGUGCUAUUGCCAUUGUAUUCCCCAACACUCGUCAUAGAUUUUGUUUAUGGCAUAUCUUGCGCAAACUUCCAGAGAAGUUGGGGUCUCACGCCAUGUUCAAUGCGGGGUUGAAGACUGACAUUCAGACAACAUUAUAUGAUUCACAGACCAUCCAUGAAUUUGAGGAGAGUUGGGGGUGAACUACUUGAGAAGUAUGAUCUGGUCGGCAAUAAAUGGCUCCAAGCCUUAUACGAGGAAAGGUCUUUUUGGAUUCCAGUUUACUUGAAAGGUGAAUUUUGGGCUGGUAUGAGCACGACCCAAAGGUCAGAAAGUAUGAAUGCAUUUUUCGAUGGCUAUGUGCAUUCCGGAACGACAUUGAAGGAAUUUGUUGAUCAGUUUGAUAAUGCACUUAGAAAGAAGGUCGAGGUCGAGACACUUGCUGAUUUCAAAUCUAUCAACCAGACUAUUCCCUGCGUAUCUCACUUCAACAUAGAGAAGCAAUUCCAAUCCGUAUAUACAAAUGCAAAAUUCAAAGAGCUCCAAAGGGAGUUGCUAGGCUUAAUGGCUUGUAAUUGUUCGUUGGUAAGCACAGAAGGGUCAAUUUGUAAGUACGAUGUGUUGGAUGAAAUUUCUACUGACGAGCUCAUUAAAACAGUCAAUUACUCAGUAUACUUUAAUGAAAAGGAGGUGGAGGUGCGAUGCACGUGUGGACUAUUUGAAACUAGGGGCAUUCUAUGUCGGCAUGCACUUAGAGUUUGUCAGUUGAAGAAGAUUAAAGAGCUGCCAAGUGUAUAUGUGUUGGAUCGCUGGAGAAAGGACGUAAAGAGGAGAUACACCUUACUCAGAAGUAGUUACGAUGACCAUGGUGACAGAGAGGAUAGUCGGAAUUAUGAGCUGGUUGUUAAGAGAUGUUUGAAAUUAGCAACCAAAAUAGCUUCAAAUUCUGAAAAAGUCCAUGCAUUCCUAAGUGUUGUUGAUGACUUUGAGAAAACAUGUGAAGACUCAACAGUAGACUCGACACUCAUUCAUACGAAGGAGAAAGCAGAUGUGGUAUUGGAUAAGGGGAAAAAGAUAUUAAGCCCAAAUGUGGUACGAGGAAAAGGGAGACCCCCAAGUAAGAGGAGGGUUCCACACGUGGAAAAGAUGGCCACAAAGAAAAGCAAACGGGUAAUUUUUUCCUUUGUUUUAACCUGCAAUACAAUACUUUUUCAUCAUGAGUUUAACAUAUGUCAUAUAUUGUUUGGGAACUUAGACAUGCAGGAAAAUCUUGGCAGAUGAAACAGGAUUGGAUGACAACCCGGGAUCUCAACACUCCCAAUUUUCUGAUGGGGUAUAUGUUGGGACACAAAACAGCAUUAUUACACAAUCCACACCACCAGGGGAUGAGAAUUUGUGAAGCCAUAGGAUUGAUGGGUUCGUUAUUUAAACCAUUUGGAGAGGGUAUUUUUGCAUUGUGAGAUAGCUUUUUUGGUAAGCUCUCUCUAUGUUCAAAUGUAUUUUUAAUGGUGGCUAAUUUUAAUUAUUUUAUUUGGUGCAGGUAAAAUUUUGUAUUAUACUAUGCCCCUCAAUUAGGAAUCAAGAACCUUCAGAUCAGGCAAAGAUGAACUUUUUUAUUGUAAUGCUAAUCUCAAAUGUAAGUAGACAACUACAAAUGUAUUGAUGUAUAUGAGUUGGAAGUAAAAUUCGGGCCCCAAGUUGACAUUUACAGUUGGUAUUGUUACUCAGAAUUUUUUGUCAAGUUUUGGGAUGAAGGUGGUUGGAUUUUAACUGUUAGGGAAACAGAAUUUGUACAUACUCGGGUUAUUUCAAUUACAAUUUCAUCUAAUGAAAUCUUGGAUGUUAAUUAUUUCGGGUAAUGGCCUGUGCACCCUGAGAAGCACUGGAAAUAUGUAACCUGCGUAUUCACUGCAUUGUUUUACUUCAGUCAAGCCAUGGAAAUGACUAGCUAGCUAGUACAUAAUCUGUCAACUACUUAAAUAGCUGCCACUGUUACUAAUUACACAGAAGGGUCAA